UCUCUCUCUCUCUCUCUCUCUCUCUCUCUCGUUACUCCUAUGGCUUCUUUACUGACUAGGGAGCAGUACGUGUACAUGGCCAAGCUGGCGGAGCAAGCCGAGCGCUACGAGGAAAUGGUCCAGUUCAUGGAAAACCUUGUGACUGGCUCCAACCAGGUCGCCGAGCUCACUGUGGAGGAGCGCAACCUCCUCUCCGUCGCCUACAAGAACGUGAUCGGCUCACUCCGGGCAGCUUGGCGCAUCGUGUCCUCGAUCGAGCAGAAGGAAGAGGGCCGCAAGAACGAGGAGCACGUCGUCCUCGUCAAGGACUAUCGGUCCAAGGUCGAGUCGGAGCUCUCAACCGUCUGCGCUGGGAUUCUGAGGCUGCUCGACUCGCAUCUGGUGCCGUCGGCAUCCACAGGGGAGUCCAAGGUGUUUUAUCUGAAGAUGAAGGGCGAUUAUCAUCGCUAUAUGGCUGAGUUCAAGGUUGGGGAUGAGAGGAAAACCGCGGCUGAGGAGACUAUGCUGGCUUACAAAGCGGCUCAGGAUAUAGCACUUGCAGAUCUUGCUCCGACACACCCUAUAAGGCUGGGGCUGGCACUUAACUUCUCUGUCUUUUACUAUGAGAUCCUAAACUCAUCAGAGAAAGCUUGUGGCAUGGCAAAGCAGGCCUUUGAGGAAGCUAUUGCUGAGCUGGACACAUUAGGCGAGGAGUCCUACAAGGAUAGCACUCUCAUCAUGCAAUUGCUGAGGGACAACCUUACACUUUGGACUUCAGAUAUGCAGGAGCAGAUCGAUGAAGCAUAAGCAGUGGAAUAUUGUGCUCCUCAAGGGAGGUGGGCUUGAAUGUCAUAAAUUAUCUGUAAUCUGUGUAAUGCUGAUCAAAUGCGUCUUCAAAUGCACACCAUGUACUAAUGAUAAGUUGUUGUCUAUCCUGUUUAAUUGUUUUUUUUUUUGUAAUUUUAUGGCUUAAACUGACUCAUGAUAGUUAUUUUACUCUUGUUCUACUUUCAUUUUCUUAAUGAUAGCAAAUGCCUCUAGUUGUAUCAA